UCCUAUUCUACCGUCUCGUACCAAACCAAUAUUUAGUUGCAUUGCACCGCAUUGCACMCUACCCCUCCAACCCCAAAGGCAAUCCGAACAAGAAUGAGGACGGGUGAACCAGAAACAGAAUCAGGAACGACCGGUGCCGAUUUGUCGGCGACUCGAAGGACGCGAGGCUCUGGGUCCGCAUCGGUGUCGAAUUCGGUGUCGAAUUCGGUGUCGAAUUCGAUGUCCUUGUUCGUGCGAUUGCCGCUGGUCCUUCUCGUUUUGUGCGUCGGAAGUGUUGCGGCGCAGCAGCAACAGCAGCAGCAGCAGCAGCAGCAGCAAUCGCAAGACUCGGACCAAGAAUUUGUUCCCGCCGUCUUUGUCCCCACCGCAUCGCCGUCGUUCUCGAACUCCACACCGCCGCCAACGCCCGCCCCGGAGUGUCCCCUCCAGUGCUCCAACGGGGCCACCUGCAAGCUCGGGGAGCACGACUACAAAGACCAUCCGACCGAACCCAACGGAUCUCCCUUUGUCUUCCUGCAGACCACCCAGAGGCAGGGCUGGUACUGCGAUUGCCCCGAGGGAUUCACGGGCCUAAGGUGCAACCGGGAAUACGUAGUGUGCCCCCUGGCGGACCCGGUACUGGACCUGGCCACKGGACGCCUKGACCAGGGCAACAGCACCGGCACCCCUUCCACCGACGAUGCCCUGGAGGAAAUCGGCAACCAUGUUUGCUACCACGGAGGAAAAUGCAUCUCCGGGCUGACGGACGGURCGCACGCUACCAUCGACGAAUCGCAGCGCUUUUGCGACUGCUCCGAGGCCAGCCACAACGGGAUCCCCUACUUCGGAAAGUACUGCGAGAUCGAGGGAGCCGUUCGGUGCGAUCAACACCACGGCGGGACCAGCAUCGGCAACGGCAACGGCAACGGCAACGAUCCGGAUUCCMAACAAGAAUCGUCCGUCUUUUGCACCGCCCAUGGGACCUGUGUCGACCACUUCGAGACCAAGGCCCAUCCCUGCGACUGCCCCGAGGGCCACAGGGGCAUCCACUGCGAGUUUCUGAGGGACUCCGUUCCGGAAUGCACCCUGUCGUGCGGCGGGACCACACUCCACGAGGACGGGACCGUCGAGAAUCCCAUGCUGGGUGGGAUCGGGACCUGCACCCUGGGAAUCAAGGACUUUGAAUCGGCCCGCUACGCCGAUUUUUGGGAAGCCCACGACGGGAACUUCCAGUAUUGCGUGAGUACGGCUUUGUACGGUUUCGUACUGCGCUUCGGUGCGGUUCGGGUGUGUUGUGUUUGGGUUUGUUCUGUUCGGGUCUGUGCUGUGCGACGGAGACGUCCUUUCGUUCCGUCGGACGCUGGCGUCAGGAGCAACAGACCGAGGAACAUCGGUCCACCGCUUUGCGUUUAACGGUAUACAUGUGUUGAUUCUCGCUCUGACCAUUCUCUGUUCUAUUCCAUUCCACUUUCUGGCCUCUUCCUACGCCCGGUUUCGGAACCUUUGUUAUUCCACCGAAUCCGACCUACGGCGAUGCACGCAUCCACCAAACGAAAUUGAAUGAAUCCCAUCACCACACGCGUGCGUCACAGAAAUGCCCGCCCAAAUGGUUUGGAGACAACUGCGAAACCCCCGGAGUCCAGUGCGGAAAUGCCCAUUGCUUCAACGGUGGUACCUGCGUAGAAUCCCUGGAUCAAAACGGRGAGACGUCCUACGCCUGCGAUUGCCGCAACGCGGGACACAACUGGGUCAGCUGGGCCGGCCAGUACUGCGAAAACGCCGAAACCGCCAGCUGCACCGGGCACUCUUUCAGAGAUGAAGACGGCAGCCUCCAACAGAGCGCCAACGGGCACUUGUUCUGCACCAAUGGCGGAACCUGCAAAGAUCCGCAAAAUCCCCACCUUGGUUGCGACUGUCCAUCAGAUCGAUUGUAAGUCUGUCGUGWUUGUGCUUGUGCUUGUGCUUGUGCUUGUGGAGUUCAAUCCGCGAACACACGAAUCGAUGCGUUCGCCACCCUUUUCUAUGGAUCACUCUAUGUCUGCAUGGACGCAUUUGUGCAUGCAUACAUGCAUGCCGCCAAAAACAUAUACUGGAUUCCUCACUCCUAUGCCGUGCCGUACAAUUCAAUACCGCCUCUCUUGAAUCUUCUCAAGUGGUCCCUCAUGUGAAUUCCACCAGGAAGAGGACGACGAUUGCAGCCUCAAGUGUCAAAAUGGAGGAAUGUGCCGGGCUGGCAUGAAGGACAACAAACUCAUUGCCAAACUUGGAAAGGGAAUGAAAGACUUCGACGCAACACACCACGCGGAACUCUUUGAGCACUGCGUGUGUCCAGAUAACUAUUUUGGCGUUCAGUGCGAGCACAAGCUAGAGAUCUGUCCAGGGGGUGACCACGUCUGUCUGCACGGAUCYCAGUGCAUCGCACACGGAGAAUCCGAGGACAACACCUUGCACUACACCUGCGACUGCGACUCGGCCUUUGAUGCCUUGGACAAGUACGCCGGAAAGUUCUGCCAGUACCAAUCGACCGAUAUUUGUACCUACAAUGGACAGCCAGGAAUGGGCAGRGCCAACUUUGCCUUUUGCGUCAACAACGGCCUGUGCAGGGGCAGGGUCUACGACGGGGAAGACCCACCGGGAUGCGAUUGUCCGGAAGGCUUCACUGGGGACCACUGUGAAUACCUCGUCGAUGACCAAGACAUWGGGAGUUUUUCAGGCAACCACGGCGAUUUCAAUGGUGGCAGUUCGUUGGCUCCMGAUCCGGCCUCCAGCAAUGAGAUGCAAAAUAAAGCCUUYUUGAAAAAACACAACCUGGUCGUCGGACUUUCMGCAGUUGUAAUCCUGUUGGUGGCUGUAUUCAUCGGAAUCAUUCUGAAAACGCUUUUGUGUCCGGGAUAUCAAGACGAAUGUACCAACGAUGUGCAAGCGGCCCUGGAUGAAGAGGAAUCGUCAUCGCCCACAGCCGCCUCCAGCAAGAGYAAACACAGCACCAGCAGAUUCCCUCAAUCGUUUUCGGGUGACUCUCUCGAAGACGUCGAUAUUGUUGAUUACGUUAACAACAAUAGAAGCGURUUGACCGAAAAGGAAAUGUCAAACGUUCAAGUCGUUUAGCAUGCCAUCCUGCGCUUGCACGAGRCGUAGAGGGCUUUCACCAUUCCCAUGACGCAUGUGGUACUACAAGCUACACGCACCUACCGAGAUGCACAGUAAUAUACAGUUUAUAUAACA